AUGCGUGUGCUAGGUCUUCUCGGCGGCACAACCUACAACGCAACCCUCCUCUACUACAAACAAAUAAACGCCUACGUCCAAAACCGUCUCGGCGGCGGCCACUCCUCAAAACUCCUCCUCCACUCCUUCGACCACGCCGAACUCUUCAGUUUCUUCCAAGCAGGCAACUACAACGAAGUAUCGCGCCAAAUCUGCACCGCGGCAAAGAAUCUCAAGUCCAUCGGCGCAGAAGCCAUCGUUCUCUGCGUAAACACGAAUCAUCGCUGGGCAGAAGAUGUUGAAAGUGCAACGGCGAACUGA